AUGAAACCAAACCCUAAUAGAAACUCUUCCCAAAACAUGAAACCCAACCCUAAUACAAACCCUUCCCUGAACAUGAAACCCAACCCUAAUACAAACCCUUCCCCAAACAUGAAACCCAACCCUAAUACAAACCCUUCCCUGAACAUGAAACCCAACCCUUAUACAAACCCUUCCCUGAACAUGAAACCCAACCCUUAUACAAACCCUUCCCCAAACAUGAAACCCAACCCUUAUACAAACCCUUCCCUGAACAUGAAACCCAACCCUUAUCCAAACCCUUCCCUGAACAUGAAACCCAACCCUAAUACAAACCCUUCCCCGAACAUGAAACCCAACCCUAAUACAAACCAUUCCCUAAACUCCAACACUGAUCAAUUCCCUUCCCUAAAACUGAAACCCAAGCCCUGA